AUGGGGUCGAUUGCCUCCGAAGCCUUUGAAGAGGCAGCCGCAUUGGCAAAUCCAAUUGAUAAAUUGAUACAUGAACAUCCAGUCGCGAUUCAUUUGCGAAGUACUCCAGGCUAUACCGAAUCGCGACCGCACUUGAAGGUCGCCGAGAGCUUUCGCGCCCACAAUUUUAUGACAGGAGCCCUGGCAGGUCCGCGAAAGAUCUCCGUGGCGCCAUAUGUAUUCAGCAAGGAAAAUGGAAAGAGCAUGGUGAUGAUCAUGCACCUUGGUGAUGAUAUAUGUGGCUAUCCGGGCACUGUUCAUAAUGGUCUUCUUGCUGCCCUUUUUGAUGAGGGGCUGGCGAGGUGCUGCUUUGCAGCGCUACCCAACAAAGUGGGGGUCACUGCCAACCUGAACAUCGACCACCACCAACUCUUGAAAGCAAAUUCGUACAUUGUCUUGUCUGCCGAAACGACAAAAUUAGAAGGUCGAAAAGCUUGGGGAUAUAGUCGGAUUGAGACUCUUCCCGGUGACGGUGAAGAGAAAAGUCUGAUUGCAGAGGCUAGAGCACUUUUUAUUGAGCCAAAGCAAGCUGCUACGCUGGGAGAUCUGUAUAGAGCUAAAUGA